UGAGCAGUUCCCUACUUCAUUUAAAAUCACCUAUACAGCUAUUAUCACUACACUAUAUAUAAAAGACCGAAAGUUACACUAAAGUUAGUAGUUACAAUUUACAAUCAGCCUAGACACCAACACCACUGUACGAGAAAAUCUUCAUCAUGAAGUCUUCAUAUUACUUAGCAUUGGUAUUAUUUGUGACUGUAGUGACAGCCACCGAUGACUCCAGGAGUAAAAAAGAAGCUAUUUACAAUCCUUAUGGACAAAUCACAGACGCGAACAAGUACUUAGGCGCUGCCGUCCCGGCCAACAUUUACAACAACAACUAUCAUCAACAACAACUGCCGUACAACGGCUAUCAACCGGCGGCUUAUCCGGCGUACAACCAGCUGCAGUACUACCAACAACAACCGUACCAGCGUGUCGGAGCGUAUCCUUACAACGGCGGCACAGGUUACAACCAGUACAACAACUACUAUCCUUACAGCGGCGGUUUCCAGCAGUACCCGUACAACUUUAACCAACAGUACCCGUACAACGUCGUCAACCAACAGUACCCGCAGCAGUACGGCGCUUACCAGCAACAGUACGGCGCCUACCAGCAACAGUACCCGUACAACUACGGUUACCAGAACGCGUACGGCCGUCUGCAGAACCCGUUCUUCGGCUACAACAACAACAACUACAACGGGUACAACGUCAAUCAGGUGAUCCGCCAGGCGCCCGCUUACCCGAGCGCCGGUGCUCAGCCCGUCAACCCGCCGGUGCCGCAUCCGUUCUAUCACGUUCCAGGGACGUACUAUCCGACCACGAUCGAAGCGAACAAACCGACAGUGGCACCCGUCGCCGCGCCGGUAGAACCGCCGAAAAAACCGUAAAAUCGACGACCGAAAACCUCACGAAUAUCAUUUUAUAAUCACUAAACGUCACAUUAAUUAUUACUAAGCGUACGCGAGUAACGAAAUAAUUAUUAUGAUAAUAGUGCUAGGAAACGGAAGCGAAAUAAACGUAUAAAGCAAAUUAUAAUAUUAUAUUAUUAUUAUUGUAAUAUUAUGUAAAACAAUGCCGCGAAAUUAUUAUUAUUGUAUUAUGCACUUACGAAAAUAAAUACAUCACUCACAGAGCAAAACAGUAUAUUGUGCUACUGCAGUGAUCGUUUUAAAUCAGA